AUGCCCUCAGUGGCAGUCGGAGAGCCUCAGUUGAUUCCCUCCAUAGCAGGAGUGCAUCAUCGACCUCCACCUCGUUCAGCUGGCGCUUCUAGCCGACCUAUGCGCAGCGAGAACAUUUCCGAACUAGUACGAUUCUUUCAGACACCGCAAGGAAACGGAGAAUCAGCAGCAGAAGAACACGGCAUGAAUAUCAUCAGACACGACGGAGCCAUGGAUCUGUUCAAGGCCGGCCAGCGUCGUCUCCGCCAAUUGGGCCAGGCGAAGCCCGACAAACGCAUCAGGGGAACCGAGAGCCCGGUACCUUCUGAAAAGAGCUCUUCCAUCAGGAGCACUACUGACAAGGACAAGGCUAAGCGACAGCAUUUGCAAGCCCUGCAACGCGAAGGAUUGAUUCCGAACGCAGAUGACAGUCAUAAUAGUCUGGACACAUCGCGUUCGCGGUCUAUGCAGGACGUGGAGGCCAUGGGCCGUCCAUGGCUCGAUGACUCAAUGCCCGCAAAGGACGGGCGAAAGAGCAACUCCGACAGCUCGAGUCACUUGCGAAGAGAGUCUCUAGGACUAGGUGAUCUGGCCGCGCUCGUGGAGUUUUCAGUGUCGUUCCCCGAGUACUAUUCCGACGAGCCCAAUCCGCCGCCAUACCAAGCGCAAAACCCUAAUCCGCCGGGCCCGUCGGAGCGCUCCUCAAAUGCCAAUGCUCAACCUGCCACAGCUAGCACUAACAACGACCACAAUGAUCGACUGUCAGAUAACUUGCCGAGGCCACACACUCACAGGGAUGCUUCUGCUUUAGCUGAGCCUAGAGCAGCGCUAGACCACGUAGCGCCGGCGGCGGCCCCCAGUAGGGCCAGUGCUACUAGCAAGACCGUUGACAAUCAGCCUAAUAGGGGCCAGGAUGACAAUGGUUGCAGCGGCGAUGAUGCUAAAAGCCUGGCGGUUUUGUUGCGCGCUACAGAGCGACUGGGGCGAGAAAAGAAGGUGUCGCGAGCACCUGUUCAUGCAACUGCUGGUCCCAGUAAUACUAGUGGUCUGCAGCCUCAUUCUCUCAACCAGGGUGUCACAGACACGCCACUGUUCGUCAAAGCGCCAGAGGUCCAGGUCAAGCAUGGCCGCGCCGAAGAGGCCGCGAGGAACAAGACUGCCUCUAGGGGCAAUGGCCAUCUCCAUCCCCCUGCAUUGGAAUUCCCACCUCAGAGCGAGCCCGAUGGUCUUGUCCUGAAGAACCACAACGUAGGCCCCAUACCGCUAAAACUAGUGGCGGAAUGCCUGCCUCCACGAGGGUCAAGCAGGACAGCUAUUUCCAAAUCGGCUUCCCCGCAGCUCCUACUGAGUAGCAGCAUUAGUAACAAGAAGAAGUCCGACUCUGUUCUCCUCCAACCGACUCAUACGGCUUCGAACGCUCCUCGUCCCCAAAUUCUUCUUUCGCCGUUUCCAAUCCAGACACGUCGCGCCCGGAGCUUGACUCCAGAUGUUGCCUCGGGCGGAAAGCAGCGCAAGAAAAAGAAGCAGAAGCUAUCUCCGUUGUAUGUGGUGAACGCUGCUUCUCCCCUUCCGCCUCCUGACAGGCCUCUCCCCUCGGUACCGCAGCAGCAGGGUGCAGAUGUCAAUGACCAAAACCCUUUGGCGGACAGAAAGCCUUCUACAACAAUGCCGACUCCAGCUCCAGACAUGUCCAAAGGGCAAGAUGCAGACAGUCCAACUCUAGGACCCACCGUCCACAAGCCGAAGUUACGAAGAUCAUUGAUCGGACCCCGGCCCUCGUCGCGAUACUCGAUCAGGAGCAACGACCAAUCGGAGACGUACGCCGCGAGCGACGAACAGUCAUUGAAAGGAACCUCUCCGGGUCGUUCUAGCCUAGAAGCGCUUGAUGAAGUCCGGCGAGAGCGGACUGACAAAGUCAAUGCCCUACGCAUGAGAGACCUGGGAGGGAAAAAAGACGAGCAGUCCGCGACCAACUCGGAGAAAUCUUUCCAACAUCAAACCAGCGAAGUACGCACGCCAACAGAGUCCAUCAGUCACGGCGAGAAACCUAAACGAGAUAGAAAGCAUCGCGCCAGUGCGGCACCGUUUAUUCCCCUCCCAAGUGACCCUCCUCCAGUAGCUUACGAUACCCCAAAGAACCCGGGGCGGCGAGGUUCGACUUCUUCUCUUCCCGGAUCGACCUCUACGAUCAACGGAUAUGGCGGAGGCUUGUCUCGCAGUGUUAGUGUUACCAGUGGCUCGAUAGCGGGCUCUUCUAUCCACCAUUCGAGAGCUCGCCAGGCUGUCAGAGAACCACCCAAGGGAAUCCGACACAGACGGCCAAACUCGCCCUCGCUGCCCUCAUCUGAUGACGAGGGACCGAAACCGCGCACACGUUACUCGCAAGCUCGUCUGGAUUCUGUAAUGAGCGAACACCAUGUGCAACGUGCUCGCCGAACCGAUGCUUUGAAGGAACCCAAUCACAAUGGACUGCAGCCCCGGCAAUUUGAUCAUCACGAGCCCAUAUCUCCACACACUCCCAGGUCGCCGCCUAGAUCACAGCCUGGUAUCCAGCCCCGUCACUCGUACGUUAGUCACUCACAGUCCGUUCAUUACCUCGAAGCCCGCGUGGCCAUGCUCGAGCGGCAGAACAAAAUGCUCCAAGCUGCGCUCCUCGCCGCCCUUGACAUUGGCGUCUCCCAUGACGCCGAAAGCGUCCGCAGUGGCUCCACAAGCCCUGCAUUGGAAUCAACGAGAAUUCCUACAAUCAACGAAAGAUCCAUGGCAUCAACAACCGCCUUCGAAACUCCUAAAACCCGUAAACACACCGCUCACCCCCGUCAUCAGUCUUCAAGUCACCACAGCUGGGCUAGUCCCCAUCGCCACACCUCCCAAGAAAGUCAUGGGAGCUUUGAAACUUCUAGUUCUCACAGUGAUGUCAGCAUGCGAGCGGUCGAGAACAUGCUGAGUGAUGUUGAAGUCGGAGCAUCCGGGGAAUCUUAA